AUGGUCAACGAGACCAUCCGUACCAUCUCCCCCGCAACGCAAGAGGUUGUUGUUGAACGUCUCGCAGCAACGUUCCAAGAUGCCGAACGAAUGGCCAAAGCCUCCAGCGAGGCGUUCAAGUCAUGGCGCAAGACGCCGCUGUCACAGCGCAAAGACAUUGUGCGGAAGGCUCUCACAAUCGUGCAAGCACGCAAGGAAGCCCUGGGUCGAGAGCUGACGACUCAGAUGGGCCGCCCCAUUGCCUACAGUGUCAAAGAGAUCGAGACCAUGCAGCUUCGCGCAGAUUAUUUGCUCGACAUCGCCGACGACUCGCUCUGCGACCUACCCGGCCGUCAAGAGAAUGGCUUCGAGCGGUGGGUCCAGCGAGAGGCGGUUGGCCCAACAUUGAUCGUGUUCGCUUGGAACUUUCCGUUCCUCAUCAUCGUCAAUGCCCUCGUUCCCGCGCUUCUCAGCGGCAACUCGGUCGUCCUCAAGCCCUCUCCGCAAACCCCCCUGAUCGGAGAGCGCUUUGUCGAAAUCUUCGCCGAGGCCGGUCUGCCCGCCAACACCCUUCUUUGCCUGCACAUCGGCCGUCCCGAGCUCCUCAGACAAGUGGUGCAGCAGAUCCCGGACUUCCAGCUCAUUACCUUCACAGGUUCCACAAAGGUCGGCAUCGACCUCCGCAAGGCCACGGCCGAGCGCGUCGUGCCACUCAAUCUGGAGCUCGGCGGCAAUGACCCGGCAUACGUACGGCCCGACGCGGAUCUGGCCUACGUGGCGGCGCAGCUUGUCGAUGCGGCCGUCUUCAACGCGGGGCAGAGCUGCUGCGCGGUGGAGCGCAUCUAUGUGCACACAGACGUGCACGACGCAUUCGUGGAGGCGCUGCAGAGAGAGCUGGCCACGUAUCGACUAGGCGAUCCGUUCGACCCGGCGACGAAUAUUGGGCCUGUGGUAUCACCCGCGGCCAAAAAUGCAAUCGAGAGCCAGGUGGAGCAGGCGCUGGGCAUGGGCGCGGUGGACGCCACCCCGGAGAAUGAUUCUUUUGCGGCACCGCCGCCCAAGGGAAACUACGUGAUGCCGCGCAUUCUGACAAACGUGACCGCCGAGAUGGACGUCCUCCGCCAGGAGACGUUCGGCCCCAUCAUGCCCGUAGUGAGGGUGAGCGGGGACGUGGAGGCGGUAGCGCUCAUGAACGAUAGCCAUUAUGGCCUAACUGCCAGCGUCUGGACCAAGGAUAUUGGGAAAGGACGCGAGUUAACCGCGCAACUCGAGGCGGGCACGGUGUUUAUCAACCGUGCCGACUAUCCCGCGCCGGACCUGGCCUGGACGGGAUGGAAGUCUUCGGGCCUCGGUUGCACGCUGGGCCCCAAGGCGUUUGAUGCCUUUGUCAAGUUGAAGAGCUUUCACAUCAGGAUGCAGCACGGCUGA